GUUCCCAACCCUGACUCUUAGCGUCAACAUAACCUAGAAAAAUUUCUUUUUACAGUAAACUGACAAGUAUUAUAAACAAUAUAAAUAAAAAAGUGAAAUAUAAUAAUAUUCUUUAAAAAAAAAAUAAUUAAGAAUAUUACAGUUUAUCUGGGACAAUGUCCAUCGAAAUCGAGUCAGCUGAUGUGAUUCGAUUGAUACAGCAAUAUUUGAAGGAAUCUAAUCUUGUGAGAACUUUACAGACUCUCCAGGAAGAAACUGGUGUUUCUUUAAAUACUGUUGACAGUGUUGAUGGUUUUGUUGCGGAUAUAAAUAAUGGACAUUGGGAUACUGUUCUCAAAGCCAUUCAAUCACUUAAGCUACCAGAUAAAAAGCUUAUUGAUUUGUAUGAACAGGUGGUCCUGGAGUUGAUUGAAUUGAGAGAAUUGGGAGCAGCUCGAUCUCUGCUCCGUCAAACUGAUCCGAUGGUAAUGAUGAAACAGCAAGAGGCUGAAAGGUAUAUUCAUCUAGAAAAUUUACUGGCUCGUUCUUAUUUUGAUCCACGUGAAGCUUAUCCCGAUGGCAGUACUAAAGAGAAACGUCGAGCAUACAUAGCAACUGCAUUAGCUGGUGAAGUGUCAGUUGUCCCAUCAAGUAGAUUAUUGGCUCUUUUGGGACAGGCAUUGAAAUGGCAACAGCAUCAGGGACUUUUGCCACCUGGAACAACAAUUGAUUUAUUUCGUGGAAAGGCUGCUGUUCGUGAUCAAGAAGAUGAAAAAUAUCCCACACAAUUAUCGAAACAAAUUAAAUUUGGACAAAAAUCACACGUUGAAUGUGCUCGUUUUUCGCCUGAUGGUCAAUUUCUUGUUACCGGUUCGGUUGAUGGUUUUAUUGAAGUUUGGAAUUUUACCACGGGAAAAAUUCGUAAAGAUUUGAAAUAUCAGGCACAGGACAAUUUUAUGAUGAUGGAACAAGCCGUAUUGUCCAUGUCAUUUAGUCGUGAUAGUGAAAUGCUCGCGACAGGUUCUCAGGAUGGAAAAAUUAAAGUUUGGCGAGUACAAAAUGGACAGUGUUUGAGGCGAUUUGAGAAGGCACAUUCCAAGGGUGUCACUUGUCUUCAAUUUAGCCGAGAUAACAGUCAAAUAUUGUCCGCCUCAUUCGACACCACAAUUAGAAUACACGGACUUAAAUCCGGUAAAACUCUCAAGGAAUUUAGAGGUCAUUCGUCUUUCGUAAACGAAGUUGUAUUUUCUCCUGAUGGACACAAUGUUAUUAGUGCUUCAUCGGACGGUACAGUGAAAGUUUGGAGUUUAAAAACAACCGAAUGUACAGGAACGUAUAAAUCUCUAGGAGCUGCCGAUUUAACAGUAAAUAGUAUUCAUCCCCUUCCGAGGAAUCCAGAACAUUUUGUCGUUUGUAAUCGUUCGAAUACAGUUGUCAUCAUGAAUAUGCAAGGUCAAAUAGUUAGAUCAUUUUCUUCCGGUAAACGUGAGGGCGGCGAUUUCGUUUGCAUUGCUGUAAGUCCUCGAGGUGAAUUUAUUUACUGUGUGGGAGAGGAUCUUGUACUCUAUUGUUUCUCAACAACAUCGGGAAAAUUGGAAAGAACACUAAAUAUUCAUGAAAAAGAUGUAAUUGGUCUUGCUCAUCAUCCACAUCAAAAUUUACUUUGUUCGUACAGCGAAGACGGUUUAUUAAAACUUUGGAAACCGUAAGGUAUUAACAGAGAGCAUAGAAAGAAUUUUUUUCUUAUUGUAUUAUUAUUUUCAUAUUACAGAUUCUAAUAGAGUCUAAAACGUGUCUGUAGGUUUUUUUUUAAUUAAAAAUAUUUCUCAUAAUUUUUCAACACUCGCAGAAAUAUACAAAGUAAAAAUUGAUUAAUUUUAUAUAUAAAGUAUAUAAAAAUAUGUAAAAGUUUUCAGUGGAAUUAAUUUAUAUUUAUUUUUUGAAUUUUGAGAGUGAUGUGUACAUUGAAAAUUAUGUAUGAAAUUAUAAAGGUCUUUUACAUCAAUAUA